UUCGCCAAACUACACACAAAUGCAAGUAUUGUUGCGUCGCACAUUACCACAGCAGCUACAGCAGUCACCACAAAUAACACCUCCCCAACCACCAAAGUCGGACAGUGUAUCAAUAACAUUACCAACAAUUAUUACAACAACAACAAUAACAACAUUAAUAAUACUAAUAAUAAAACCACCAUUACAUCCACACAACCCCUAUUUAGUAACAGUCAACAAAAUUCGACGCUCAUAAACCAACAAAACUCAAUUGGGCAAAAUGUUGGCGGCGGUGGUGCUAAUAAUGUUGCAAAGCAUAUAAGUAUGGUAACUGGUUUAGGGCCCACAAUGCAACAGCAAUUUAAUACGAAUGCGAAAAAUAACCACACUCAACUGUUGUCACAACAGCCACAACAACAAAAACAGCUGUCAGCGAAUACGCUGCAACAAACGCCGCAACAGCAACGGCAUCAACAAACCCACCCACCGCCACCACGUCAAUCACACUCUUACCCUUACAACAACAAUAAUAAUAAUAAUAAUAGCAACAAUAAUCUUAAUCUUAACAUAAGCAAUGUUGCGCCCAAUAUAUCCGGCAACAAUAUGUCGAAAUCACAACAACAACAACAAACUUACGCGGCAAUCACGUCAACACAACAACAUCUUAACGGUGCAUUAACGACAACAGUCAGCACCACACAGAAGCCGCUCAUACAACCACUACAUAAACAACAGCAGCAGCACCAUACAACGGCUAUAGCCAGUAAUAAUAGUAAAAUUGUUGGUCCAACUAUGUCAGCGACUAAUAUGUUCUUUGUAAGGCCAACAAAUCCAGCACCACCACAACCAUUACACAUUGGUGAAUUGCAACCUUUUGUACCGGUGCAGCUCUUUUAAAUUUUACACAGCUUAGCUACGUAUGUCUCAAAGAAAAGAGAAGGAAGAAAAGAAACGGCAAAAAUAAAAUCCUUCUGCGACAACAGCAACACAGGAAACAUAGAAAAGCAUAAUUUAUCCUUACAUUUAUAAAAAAAAAUUGCUUUCAUUGGGUUGCUAAAAACAAAAAAGGAAACAAAUGUGUCGAAAAGCUUACAUAGAGACAAACUUGCAUUAAUUUACAGAAAACAGAAAAUGUUCCAGUGAUUAACAAUGUGAAAUUUCGCAUUGCAGUGAACAGCGAUUUAAAUAAGUAAUAACAAGUAAAUAUAGAUUUCUAUGUUUAAAUCAACGAAAUAGGGAAAAGUACGACAAAAACAAAAUAAUCUAAAAAAUGAUAUAAAAGUAAAAUACAAAACRUGACGUUAAAUCAAGCCCACUUACAUACAUAAACACAUACAUACAAUGUAUUUACAUACAAACAUUUACAUAUAUGCCUGUGGGCUAAUGUUUAAGACGCAUAUUAUUUAUAAAAGUAAGCUCUUAUCUAAAAAAAAUGAUAUUUAUAUAUUUAUAUUCUUAAUGAAACUAAUAGCAAGAAAAAAUACAAUAGGAUAAACAUUUAAACAAAGCGAAACAAAAAGAAACGCUAAUGGCAAAUACCAGAACGGCUAAACUUAUCGAUAAAAUAGAGCG